GUUGCUAGCGACGAAGGAAGCUUCAGCUUAAGCAGACGUGCGAAGAAGAUUUUUACUCUUAUUCAGAUAGCAUUCAAAUCAGAAUUUACAAUGGAAGACGAACAACUGCGAGAGAUUGCACAGCUUUUGGUAAAAAAUGCAAUAGAGAAAGCUGUUGAUAAAAUAAAAACCAAAACAGGGGAAAUGGACGGAGGUCUUGACCAGGGGGUAGAUGACAUUGUAGGGCUGACCAUUGGACGGUCAAUCAACGCCAUCCGCGAGGGUCAAAGUUCACCAACUGAUAGUAAGAUGGAGGUAAUGCUUGGACUCAACAAAACCUUGGUUAUUGCAACACCGGAAGUAACAUCUAGAACAACAGGAAGUAAGCCUCUUGAGAUUGAAGACGAGCAAAUCAAGCCAAGUGUUGGAGGAAACGAUAACAAGCCUCAUAUUUUCACCUCUAACCCCAUCAAAGACGACAAGCCGACAGGACUUAAGAUAGGGCACGUGGCCGGCACUGAUGCGCAGGUGAGCAGCAAGGGCUCUCACAUGAAGAAUGUACUGGAACGAUUCUUUGACAGAAUUCUCAAGAGAGACAAGAAACAGGCCAAGGAAGUUAAUGCUGCUACAGCUGGUGGCAGCACCAACACCUCAGUCGGUGAAAAGAAGAAGAGUUCUUCCAAGGCCCACAACAAGAGAGACUGGAUACGUAGAAAUCUCCUGUGCUGCUUCGUCAGACAGACUGCCACAGUAGAGCCCUUAUUUGACUGAUUACAUCAAGAAAAACAAGUCAUGAACAUUAUACAGAAACAUAGUCUGUUUUAAACAAUGUGCCGGAAAGUCGGAACAUGAUGUGAC